AUGCCCCUGAUUGUUCAGAAAUAUGGCGGUUCCUCGGUGGCCGAUGCCGAGAGGAUAAUAAACGUGGCAAAACGCAUCGGCGCAGUGCAGAAGUCGGGCGCCGCGGUGGUGGUCGUUGUUUCGGCUAUGGGCGACACCACCGACGAGCUCAUCGAACUGGCCCACACCAUUUCCCACGAGCCGCACGCCCGCGAAAUGGACCUGCUUCUCUCCACUGGCGAGCUUGUGUCCUCCACUCUCCUGACCAUGGCGCUCAGAGAGCUGGGCCACGAAGCGAUCAGCCUCAGCGGACCCCAGGCCGGCAUCCGCACAGACACCAGUUUCGGCCGGGCCCGCAUCAGCCGCAUUGAGCCGGCUCGCGUGCGCCGCGAGCUCGAUGCCGGGCGCAUCGUGGUCGUUGCAGGGUUCCAGGGCAUCACGGCCGAAGACGAUAUCACCACGCUGGGCCGGGGAGGGUCCGACACCACCGCCGUAGCCAUUGCCGCCGCCCUGCAGGCCGACCGGUGCGAAAUCUACACCGACGUUGAGGGCAUCUACACCGCCGACCCUCGCAUCGUUUCCGGGGCCCGCAAGAUUGACGAGGUCGGCUACGAGGAGAUGCUGGAGCUGGCCAGCCUGGGCGCCAAGAUGCACCCUCGGUCCAUCGAGCUGGGCGGCGUCUACCGCGUGCCCAUCUACGUUGCCUCCAGCUUCAGCGAUACCCCCGGCACCCUUAUCCACGCCGUUGGCAACGGACCCGCCGACGCCUUCGCAGCCGGGCUCCCCACCGCCGCAAAGCCCGAGCCCGAACACAUCACCGCUAUCAGCCCAUCCGCCGAAUUUCAGACCGGGAAUCAGAUGGAAGACAGAAUCAAAGUCACCGGCAUAGCCUACAACGCCAACGUCGCCAAGAUCACGGUGCAGAGCGUACCCGACCGCCCCGGCCUGGCCGCCGCGCUGUUCGAGCCAUUGGCCGAGGCCAGCAUCAGCGUGGACACCAUCGUCCAAAACACCGGCGGAGACAAGUCCACCGACAUCAGCUUCACUGUCAGCCGCACCGACCUGCCCGCCGCCGUGCGUCUCGUUGAGGGUAUGGCCCAACAGCUGGGAGCAGCGGGAGUCGUCAGCUCUGCCGGACUGGCCGCGGUAAGCAUCGUGGGCUCCGGUAUGCAGAACACGCCCGGUUACGCCUCGCGGAUGUUCCGCUUGCUGGCCAACGGUGGCGUCAAUAUCGACAUGAUCACCACCUCGGAAAUACGCAUAUCCUGUAUAAUCGACGAGUCGCAGGGACGAGACGCAGUGCGCUUGCUGCACGAGGGCUUCCAGCUGGAUCGUAGCUGA